AUGUGCAGCAAAGAAGUAAAACAACAAAAAAAAGAAGAGAGUUCAGUUACAAGUAAGCCCAGUGUUGAUGUGAAAAAUAAGCGAAAACAUGAAGAAAAUGUUUUUGGACAAUGGGGGUUUUUGAUUUAUUACAUUUUGUCAAAAGGUGGAAGUGUUACUAUUAGGCCUUCUAUCAAAAAACCAGUUAUUGACAAAAGAAAUCAAAUAAACAUACAUUGUGUAGAGGUUGGUGAACAUAUUUUCUCUGAAGAAGGAAUUCAAAAACAAGUAGAUUUAAUGAUAAAGGGAUCAGGUGAACAAAAGUAUGUUACAAGGACUCGACGCAAAUACGUUCAUGAUUUUCUCAUGAACAGUAUCUUAAAUUGGUGCAAAGAAGAAUCUAAAAAAGAAAAAAUUCAAGUAUCAACAAAGCUUUCAAAAAAAGGAAAGAAUAUAAACAAAUCACCUAAUAUUGUAAUUAACAGUGUCACUAUUAAUGGUAAAACUUAUGAUAGACAUUUUAUCAGAACAAAUUGUGGUGAUUGGCUAAAAAAAGUUCUUGAGUAUUUGUUUGAAAACGUGCAAGCUAAAGAUGAACUGGUAACAAUUUCAAAAACAACUAUCCCCCCUGAUACAGUUAUAGAAGGUAUGAAUCUUGAAAGUUUACAAAUGAACACAAAAAUACCAGAAAUAAAGAAAUUUAAACCUUCACCAACCACUAAAAUUAAUGGACUUGCUGGACAUUACGAUCCAUGUGGACGAUUAGUAAUGUGGGACUGUCAACUAUAUCUGCCAUUUUCUAUAGAAGACAAAUUAAAACCGAUUGAUUACUUUCCUCCAUAG